AACAGCACAAUGCCACUUUGUGUAUGUAACACACAUCGUUGAGAGCUCCAGACGAGUGUGGACGCCUCAGGCAUUUUAUUUCCCGACAGUUAUUUUGAACCGUGACGGCAAUGGACAUGUUCGCGGGCAAGACGCUGAUUCGAGCCGACGGCAGCGAGCACCCUGCCGAGGAGGUCCUCUGCGACGUCAAACUGGUGGCCCUGUACUUCUCGGCCCACUGGUGCCCACCGUGUCGCCACUUCACGCCCAUCCUGGCCGACGCGCACGCAGAGGCGAAGGAGGCGCUCGCCGGCUGCGCCGAGGUCGUCUUCGUCUCGCUCGACCGCUCGAAGGAGGACAUGGUGAAGUACAUGGAAGAGUGCCACGGAAACUGGUACGCCAUCAAGUACGAGGAUCCCUGGCGAGAGGAGCUGGCGAGGAAGUAUGUCACGGGCAUUCCCACCCUCAUCGUUUUCAAGAUGGACGGCACGGUGAUCAGUUCCUAUGGACGCGAAGAGGUUCAAGACCAGGGACCGGAAGCCUUUCGCCAGUGGGCCGAUAAGGCAGGCCGACCGUGUGCAGCUCUGUGUUUCGUUUCCUCAGCACAUUAUCGAACCGUGACUGACAUGGACAUCUUCAACGGCAAGACGCUCGUGCUUAAGGACGGCAGUGAGCACGCCGCCGACAAGGCCCUCGGCGACGCCAAAGCCGUGGCCCUCUACUUCUCGGCCCACUGGUGCCCGCCGUGCCGCAUGUUCACGCCAGUACUGGCCGAGGCAUACAAGGAAAUGAAGGAGGAAUGUGCGGCACCCAUUGAAGUUGUCUUCAUCUCGUCGGACCGCUCCAACGCGGACAUGCUCAAAUACAUGGAGGAGAGCCACGGGGCGUGGUAUGCCGUCAAGUUCGGCGACGCAUUCCAACAGGAGCUGAAGACCAAGUACGGCGUCAGCAGCAUUCCCACCCUUAUCGUCAUCAAGAGGGACGGCACCGUGAUCACCGCCAACGGACGUAACGACAUCCAAGCCGAGGGUCCGAGGGCCUUUGUCAAAUGGGCCGGUGCGGCAUAAUAUCGCCGUACCCGACCAGCCAUUUUCGCACUGUAGCCUUCUUUUUUUUGCCUUAGAAGCCUAGACAGGCCAGCUCUCUAUACGAUUGUGCUUCCAACUUAACGGUUAGCUACUGUUGCAAAACAAAACAAAAAAAUGUCUCUUUCGGCGCAACUCGUACACAGUGCUAAGUGUUACUGCUGAAAUUACAUUGAUUUCCCUGACCUAUGUCUGGGUAACAGUGUACGCUAGAUUAGUCUUUUUCUCAACUGACCACUUAAGAAAUAGAUGUAGUGCUUGUUUAUGAAUGUGUUAAUGGGAAUGUACAUUGCUGCAACUAGAUGUUGUUAAUGCAUUGUAUUGAGCUGCCAUGGACACUCAGGGGUGUUGUUAACGGUUAUGCAAGUAGGGAGGGUGUUUUAAAGUGGACCGACAAGUGGUCAACACAGGCAGUCGGCGAAACCUCUGGUGCAGCUGAAAAGGCUGAUGUGCUACGAUGCGUUUGUGAUUAUGGGUGGUUUUACGGUGAUAAGAUACAUAACUGCCCUCAGUGCAGGUGAGCAGAGGCGUGUUAUUACUACAGGACACAGUCCUAGAGAAAUUACUGCCACGCUGUGAUAGCCUCGCUCACUUUUAGUUGCGCCAUCAUUGUUUCGCAUGACGCAUAGUCACGCUUUUGCAGCCUGAAGAGCAACGCGAUGCCUUAUUCGAAGAACUGGCAUCGUGUGCACUGGCUUCGCCAAUGAAAAGUAAUUGAGAGUAAUGCCCAAUUUCUGUUGCACCAUUGCAACAAAAAAAAAUUCUUUGAAAAACACGUUGACCGUCUCUUUAAAUACUUACACAUCAGAGAAUUCUGUGGUCGAGUUUUUAUCGUAGCAGUCAUUGCGUAAUACCCUUUCGCCCCGCUUUCUUUUGUCAAAGUAUAUUUUUCACGAGUUCUGCAGGUAUUCUGCCUUAUAAAUUUUGCGUGUUGCAGGCCGCAGCCCAACCUAGCCCAAACAUGCCGUUUUGCAUAGCUAUUGAGAGUAUCAGUACUAUACCAUACUAUACAUAUAUAUAUAUCUCUAUCUCUGUGGCAAUAUAUUUACUUUCAGGGAGUUGUUAAUGUAUGCUUGUUAUAACCCGAUCUUUUUGCCCAAAGAAAGUGCUUUGUUCAUUUCCUUGUAUUAAACUUUCAACCCUUUUUUUUUUGCAUUACUUUUUCAU